CGCCUCGGCGCCCCCAUCCCUACAAUGGGGAUGAGGACCGUGAGCCCCACGUGGGACAACCCGACGCCCCGGGUUCUCCCCCGGCGCUCAGAAGAGUGCUCGGCGCACAGUCGGCGCCUACCAGCCAGCACCAUCUCGUCGUCGUCGUCCCCGACCCCCUCCCCCGGCAGCCUCCCGGGUCCGGCGGGCGAAGCCCUCUCUUCCCCUCCCUCGUCACACUCGGACGCCCACGCAGGGAAACGGAAGCCCAGUUUCGGCGUUAGAUACUGCAGCCACUUCCUUUCGAAGGCUCCAGCCGCUUCACGCCGAGGCGCGGCGGAUGCGGCCGAGCUCAGGCCCGGCCCGCCCUCGCCCGGCUCCGUCUGGGGUGCGGGCCCUCUCCGCCUCGGCCGGCCGGACCCCCGUGGGCCCCGGGGGAUCCUCCGAGGCCCAGCUCCUCGGCCGGAGGCCGGCGGAGGGGGGCCGGGCCCGGUGCCCCCCAUGUCCGGGAGCCAGCCCGUGUCUCUCUUCCUGUCCGUAGCCCGCUCCAGGAGCGUCAUGACCGGGGAGCCGGCCACCCCCUGCUCGCCGCCGACGGCCGGGCCCGCCUCCCUCGACAGGCCCCUGAAGAUCGGCUGGCUGAAGAAGCAACGCUCCAUCGUGAAGAACUGGCAGCAGCGCUACUUUGUGCUGAAGGGUCAGCAGCUCUUCUACUACAAAGACGAAGAGGAGGCCAAACCCCAGGGCUCCAUGUGUCUGCUGGGAAGCACCAUCAAGGAGAUGGCCUCCAACCCGGAAGAACCCGGCAGGUUCGUCUUCGAAGUCAUCCCGGCGUCGAGCGAGCAGGGCUGGACGGGCCAGGACUCCUUCACCCUGAUGGCCGGAUCCCAGGCCGAGAUGGACGAGUGGGUGAAAUCCAUCCGCAGAGUCGCCGCCGCGCCUUCUGGAGCCGUGUUCGGGCAGCGGCUGGCGGACACGGUGGCCUACGAGCGGAAGUUCGGCCAGCAUCCGGUGCCCAUCCUGAUGGAGAAGUGCGCGGCCUUCAUCCGGGACUACGGGCUGGACGAGGAGGGCGUCUUCCGCCUGCCCGGCCAAGACACCCUCGUCAAGCAGCUGAGAGACGCCUUCGACGCCGGAGAGAGACCCUCCUUCCACCGGGACACGGACGUCCACACGGUAGCCUCGCUGUUCAAGCUGUACCUACGGGAGCUGCCCGAGCCCGUGGUCCCCUGGAGCCAGUACGAAAGCUUCCUGCUCUGCGGCCAGCUGCUGGACAACGACAGGCCCAAGGGUCACGAGGAGCUGCUGAAGCAGGUGUCGGACCUCCCCAGAGAUAAUUACAACCUCCUGAGCUACAUCUGCAGGUUUCUGCACGAGAUCCAGCUGAACUGCCACGUCAACAAGAUGAGCGUGGAGAACCUGGCCACCGUCAUCGGCGUCAACCUCAUCAGGCCCAAAAUCGAAGAUCCCGCCACCAUCAUGAGAGGGACCCCUCAGAUCCAGCGGGUGAUGACGGCGCUGAUCAGCGACCACGAGGUGCUGUUCCCCAAGUCGAAGGACGAGCCCCCGUCCCCGCCGGCCCAGAAGAACGACCCCAAGAAACCGCCGGUGCCCCGCAGCUCGGUGGGCUGGGACGCGGCCGAGGACCCCGGCCCCCUGCCCCACGCCCGCGGCUUCGGCCCCACGGCGAGCGACGCGGUGGCGAGCGGCCCCGGCGGCCCUCUCCGAGGCGGCGUCGACCCCGGGGAGAACGGCCAAGAGCGGGACCGACCCGAGGCCUGGAAGCUGCAGUCCAGGAAGAGGACCCAGACCCUUCCCAACCGGAAGUGCUUCCUGUCCACCGCCAUCCAGGAGGGUCAGGGGGUCAAGGCGGAGAUCUUCGACAACGAGUUCUGGUCCCCCUCGCCCGACCCCAAGGCCGGCGGGGGACACAAGCGGACGUUGUCCCAGGAUCUGGGCGCCACCUCGGACUCGGGGACCCCCGGGAGGGAGGGGCCCCGGAGGAGGACCUGA